AUGAAGAAAUCACUUUCUGAUCUUGCUGGCGUUUCGAGGAUUCUGGAGAUUUAUCGGUUGGCUACUAACCGGUUUAAAGGCGAUAUUGAGCUCUGGUUUCAGUAUCUGGAGUUUUGCAGGCAACGGAGGAAUGGUCGGAUGAAGAAGGUCCUGGCUCAGGUAAUUAGAUUUCAUCCAAAAGUGCCAGGUGUCUGGAUAUAUGCUGCAGCUUGGGAGUUUGAUCAGAACUUAAAUGCUGCAGCUGCUCGUGCUUUGAUGCAAAGUGGUUUGAGAGUUUGCCCAACCUCAGAGGAUCUAUGGGUGGAGUAUCUUCGUAUGGAACUCACAUAUCUUAAUAAGUUGAAGGCAAGGAAAGUUGCUCUUGGAGAAGAUAAGGGAACACUUAUUUGUGAUCAUGAAGCUGCCGAUGAGAAACAAUGGAGAGAUGAAAACAAAGAAUUGUUUAUGGGCUUUGAUGAGAAAAGAGAGAAUGAUGAAGCAUCAGACAUUCAAAAUACAGAAGCAGAGAAGAAAGUAGAUCUAUUCCGGGAGCAAGGUUUGAGCAUUCUUAGAACUGUUUAUAGUGGUGCCAUUGAAUCUGUCCCUUCUAGUUUCAGUCUUCGAACACGGUUUGUGGAGAUUCUGGAUGCAACAGAUUUAGCUCAUUCACAUGAGAUGCGGGAAGAGAUACUGAAUGACAUGAAAAGAGAUUUCUCAAAAGAACCAGAGUACUGGGACUGGCUUGCAAGAAAAGAGUCUCAGUUAGAAAAAGCAAUGCAGCAUGUUGAGGCUAUGUGCCAAAGGGGCGUACUUGUUCUAAAAUGUCAGUAUGAGGUUUACGACGAAGCUAUAAAAGUUGUGCCUUCAUCUGCAAUUUUUUGCCUCUAUAUAAGGUUUUUGAAGGAUGCUGUUGGCCAUAACAAUGGAGAAGUGCCAAGUUCUGGGGACUUUGUUUCUUAUAAUCAUAUUCUGAUGGUGUAUGACAAGGCAGAGAGCAUGGGGUGCAUUACAGAAGAUCUUGCCUGUGAACACAUCUCAUGUUUCUUGCAAUUGGGUAGACUGGAGGAAGCUAGGAAGUUGGCAGAAAAUCUAUGCAAUGGGAAACUUUCAGAUGCAGUGGAUUUGUGGGUUCUGAGGCUUUCAGUUGAGAUGAGAUGUGUAACUGAGAGAUGUGGUUAUUCAAGAGCAAAUACUCUUACACUUAAUCCUUUUCUUGCAGUAUCUUUGAAUGCAUUGAAGUUCUUUUUGAACCAAAAACAGUACUUUGACAAGCUAGUGGAGCUGUCACUGGUUUCAUUAAUUAAAGAUGGUGGCAGCGAUGAUGGAUUUUCCUUGUCUACUGCCAUUGUAAACGUUUUUCUUGAGCAAGAUGGGGUUCAGAGUGCAAGGGAGACAUACAAGCGAGCAGGCAGUGAUUCUGACCGUCCAGAUGCAUCACUUCAGAAACAUAGGAGGUGUACCUCCUGCACAUUUGCACAAUUUCUUGCUUUGCCCCGGCCCGGUCUUUCAAUGUGUAUAGAUUGCAUAGAGUUGGAAACAAACCUAGCAUUGGCUGGUGACAGAAAAUGUCUUCUAGAAGCCCGAAAAUUAUAUGAAUCUGCACUUGCAACCUACGAACAAGAUGUGAGCUUGUGGCGGAAUUAUUAUACAAUGGAGAUUAAGGUACACCUGAUUCAAUUCUGCGUGAAAAUUCCAUGCAUGUGA